CAAGUAAUCGCACCAAUAGUUAGGGCACACAUUCAAGAUUUGGAAGAAGGACAUGAGUACCUUGUACGGAUUUAUGCCUGGAACGAAGUCGGGAUCAGCGACCCUUUGGAAACUCCCGAGGGCACAGUUAUCAUUCGGCCACCGGGAGUUGUAGUGCCUCCAUCUGCUCCCGUUGGUCCACUCGUGGUUGAAAGCGUAACCGAAGACUCUGUCCGACUCUCCUGGAAGCAGCCCCUGAAGGACGGCGGGGAUCCGGUCAGAAACUACCUCGUCGAGUACAGAGAUGUGUCAGCAGCAGAGAUCGCCAAGUUCUCAGUGAGGACACCAGAUGCCCGAACAAGUUUCACGGUAGAAGACCUAAGGACCCGCCACUUCUACGUAUUUCGCAUUAGCGCCGAAAACGAGGCAGGCACAGGAGAAGCUCUCGUCGACAAGAAACCGGUUCGAGUACAAGCAGCCCCAAAAAAGCCCCCGGCACCAGAACCACCGGUCGUGGUCAUCCAUCCCACCAUGCCUGACGCCUGCAUAGUCACGUGGUCACCACCGUGCGAUGACAUCACCUGGUACAUCGUGGAGCGCUGCGAUCUUGUCGGGGACGUCUGGAUCGUCGUGAGUCAGCAGAAGGAGGCCCAGUUCGUGGCGCAGAACUUGGUCCCGGGCAUCGAGUAUUCUUUUCGGGUCAGCGCCGAGAAUGAGGUCGGCAUGGGGAAGUGGUCCAAGCCAUCGGAGCCCAUGGUCAUCAUCAGAAAAGUUGCGUCCAUGACGGCACCGGAGUUCACGAAGGAGCUGUCAGACUGCGACGUCUUGGUGGACAACGAUGCCACGUUCACCUGCAAAUUUAUCGGCAUUCCGACACCUGAAAUCACCUGGUACAAGAGCGGCCACGAAAUAUACGAUUCUGGUCGGACAGAAAUUGACACGACCCUUGCAACAAGCUCCCUGCUGCUUCGGAAAGUUCGACUCGAAGACAAGGGGAAGAUUGAAUGUCAAGCUCUCAACAAUGCAGGCUUGAAAACGACCUCUGCGAAACUGACUGUGCUGGCUCCUCCAAAACUAACCGGAUCACCAACGUACAAGGACGGCUUAAUGUUCGACUCCGGAGAAACGGUCCGCGUGAAGCUCUCCUACACCGGACACCCGCCGCCAGAUUUCACCUGGAGAAGGAACGGAGAGAUCGUUGUGUUUGACGGGUCGUCGGCCGCCAUGUUGGUGGACAGAGAUGACCAGACUGUUCUUCUGAAGCUGGUGGAUGCCGACCCCAACCACCGGGGCAUGUACACUCUGGAAGCGACGAACGAGCACGGUUCGGAUCAGUUCAGCGUUGCCGUUAUGAUUACAGAAAUAAUAUUCAUUUGA